CCGAUGCUGCUGCUGUUGCUGGGUCCUGUGGGCGAGGUUGCAGUGAGCAGCGUUUGACCGCCGAGUAUGAUAUGAUUCGAUACGAACGCCACAAACAUACUCCAUACCAGAAAUUCCCACUUCUGCUACUAGUAUCGUUGCUAGCCUCAGUUCGAGCCAAUCCAUUUUUUGGCUACAAUUACGAGAAACCAGCCUGUCCAAUCGUUCCCCCGGAGAUAGUCUACACGACAAUUUGGGAGCAAUCGGAGCUGGAAACCAUUUACAUCCCCGCGAGCUACCCCGUGCAGGUUCCCGUCUACGAAACGGUGACCCAAACGCUCACAGUGCAAAGUCCACCCCAGGUCGUCUACCAAACUGUAACACUUCCACCGCAGAUUCUUCCAGCCCAGACCGUGUACAACGAAGUUACCAAAACGGUUUGCAGCUCUGCUCCACGAAAUGAAUAUUUGCCACCACCACCCGUGGACGCAUAUUUGCCGCCAGAGGAAAAAUAA